AGUAGAACAUUUGUGAAGUGAGGUAGACAGAGUGAGAAGUGAGAGUGUGAAUGGCGAGCCUAGUAGUUCAGAAGCCAUGGAAAGCGGAAUACGCGAAGUCUUCACGAUCGUCGUGCAAGACGUGCAAGACUCCCAUCGACAAAGAGGUCCUCCGCCUCGGCAAAAUGGUCCAAGCCACCCAAUUCGACGGCUUCAUGCCCAUGUGGAAUCAUGCUAGUUGCAUACUGAAGAAAGCAAAGCAGAUAAAAUCUAUUGAUGAUGUUGAAGGCAUUGAGUUGCUUCGUUGGGAAGAUCAGCAGAAGAUCAGAAAGUAUGUUGAGGGUGGUGGACCCUCGACCCCGGAUACAAGUGCUGUCCCUACUGCACAAUAUGGUAUUGAAGUUUCACAAACUUCUCGUGCUACCUGCAAGCACUGCAGCCAGAAGAUUAUGAAAGGAGAGGUUCGUAUAUCCACCAAGCCUGAUGGCCAAGGAGCUAGGGGCUUGACGUGGAACCAUGCCAACUGUUUCUUGGAACAGUCUCCAUCUACUCAAGUGGAGAAGUUGUCUGGAUGGGAGAGCCUCUCAGCUUCUGACCAGGCAGUCAUCUGUGCCCUUACUAAGAAGGUUCCAUCUACUGCAAAGAGUGGCACUAAAGUUGAGAUACAAGAGAAUAAAGAACUCUUGCAACAAUCAACUUCCAAAGCUGGCGUAAAACGUAAAAAAGAAGUUAGUGGUGAUCAGAAGCCAAAGGCUGCUAAGGCUAAAGGAGAAAUGUCAGCAAGUACGGCUGCAUGUAUGGAGAAUGUUGCGGACUCCAGGAAUGAACAUUCAAAAGCUUCUGAUUUGGAGAGUAAACUAGAGACCCAAACUAAAGAACUGUGGGCUCUGAAAGAUGAUCUUAAAAAAUAUGUGUCAACAGCAGAGUUGCGUGAAAUGCUUGAAGCCAAUGGGCAAGAGUUGACAGGAUCAGAACUUGAUUUGCGUGAGCGCUGUGCUGAUGGAAUGAUGUUUGGAGCACUUGCUACCUGCCCACUUUGUUCUGGUUCUCUUUGUUAUUCUGGAGGCAUGUAUCGGUGCCGUGGGUUCUUAUCAGCAUGGAGCAAGUGUUCUUACUCUACUCGUGAACCUGAACGUCUGAAAGGGAAGUGGAAAGUCCCGGAAGAAACCAAUAAUCAAUAUCUCAGCAAGUGGUUUAGAUCACAAAAGGGUACCAAACCUGUUCGGAUAUUGCCUACAUCAUCAUCCAACAAUCCUUCUGGAAGUCAAGCUACUAACAGCCCAUCCCAAUCAACAAAGAGUGAAAGUUUGGGAGACUUAAGGGUUGCUGUAUCUGGGAUACCUAAGGAAUCCAUGGAGGAAUUUAAGAGAAAAAUUGAGGGGGCAGGUGGAUCUGUUCAUACCAAGAUCAAGAAAGAUACUAACUGCUUAGUUGUGAGUGGAGUGCUGGAUGAUCAAAAUGCUGAGACGAGGAAGGCAAGGAGGAUGAAGUUACCAAUUGUUCGGGAGGAUUAUCUGACUGAUUGCAUCAAAAGACAAAAGAAGCUUCCAUUUGAUUUGUACAAAGUUGAAGCCAUUGGUGAGGCCUCUAGCAUGGUCACUGUCAAAGUAAAAGGGCGAAGUGCUGUGCAUGAAUCUUCUGGCCUGCAAGACACAGGUCACAUACUUGAGGAUGGGAAAAGCAUCUAUAAUACGACAUUGAGUAUGUCUGACUUAUCAACUGGUGUUAACAGUUAUUACAUCCUCCAAAUAAUCCAAGAUGAUAAAGGUUCAGAUUGCUAUGUGUUCCGUAAAUGGGGUCGAGUGGGAAAUGAAAAAAUUGGAGGAAGCAAAUUGGAAGAAAUGUCAAAAUCAGAUGCAAUUCGCGAAUUCAAACGUUUGUUUCUUGAGAAGACUGGGAACCCAUGGGAGGCAUGGGAAAAAAAGCAAAAUUUUCAGAAACAACCUGGAAGAUUUUUCCCAUUGGAUAUUGACUAUGGAGUUAACAAACAGGUGUCUAAGAAAAGACAGAACGAUGCAGAGAGCAAACUUGCUCCUGCUGUAGUUGAAUUGAUGAAGAUGCUUUUUAAUGUGGAAACAUACAGAGCUGCCAUGCUGGAAUUUGAGAUUAAUAUGUCAGAAAUGCCAUUGGGAAAACUGAGCAAAAGCAAUAUCCAAAAGGGGUUUGAGGCAUUAACUGAAAUACAGAAUCUACUAAAUAGUAAUGCUCAUAAUCCUUCUGUCAAGGAAAGCUUGAUCGUUGAUGCCAGCAAUCGUUUUUUCACUGUGAUCCCUUCCAUUCAUCCACAUAUUAUUAGAGAUGAGGAUGAUUUUAAGUCAAAGGUUAAAAUGUUAGAAGCUCUCCAGGAUAUUGAAAUAGCUUCCAGAUUAGUAGGUUUUGAUGCUGAUAGUGAUGACUCCCUAGAUGAAAAGUAUAUGAAGCUCCAUUGUGAUGUUGCUCCACUUCCUCAUGAUAGUGAAGAUUAUCAGCUGAUUGAGAAGUAUCUCCUUACCACUCAUGCCCCUACACAUACGGAAUGGUCACUUGAACUGGAAGAAGUUUUCUCACUUGAGAGAGAAGGGGAAUUUGAUAAGUUUGCUCCAUACCGAGAGAAGCUUAAAAACAGAAUGCUCCUAUGGCAUGGUUCUCGGUUGACAAAUUUUGUGGGAAUAAUUAGCCAAGGACUGAGAAUAGCCCCUCCUGAAGCCCCAGCUACUGGCUAUAUGUUUGGCAAAGGGGUUUACUUUGCUGACCUUGUCAGUAAGAGUGCUCAGUAUUGCUUUACUGAUAAGAAAAAUCCUGUUGGCCUAAUGCUUCUUAGUGAAGUUGCUCUGGGGGAGAUCUAUGAGCUCAAAAAGGCCAAAUAUAUGGAUAAACCUCCUGAAGGAAAGCACUCUACAAAAGGACUUGGCAAGAAUAUACCUCUGGAGUCAGAAUAUGUGAAGUGGAAAGAUGACAUUGUUGUCCCUUGUGGCAAACCUGUGCCAUCAAAGGUCAAGGCAUCUGAGCUGAUGUACAAUGAGUACAUUGUUUACAAUACAGCUCAGGUUAAGAUGCAGUUCUUGUUGAAGGUGAGGUUUCAUCACAAGAGGUGAGGAGAGGUAAGUGGAUUUAUAUAGCAUCCUGUUCAGUUCAGCAUUUCACACAAUGUUCUCUCUGUUUUGGGAUCCUUUAACCUAUUAGUCUUGAUAAGAUCUCGUUUUGGGGUUUGCUGGAGAUCUUUCAAUGUGUAAAUGUUGGUUGUAAGUAGUAGAAGCAAGUUCAGUAUCUUCGGAAAAUUCAUAGUUUUUGGUAUGAAGCAUUUCAUGCAAAUUA